AUGGCUACCAUAAAUAUCCGUAGCGAUGUGAAGGACCCCUUCUACCGCUACAAGAUGGAGAAGCUCCAGUCUAAGAUUGAAGGGAAAGGCAAUGGCAUUAAGACUGUCAUCGUCAAUCUUAGCAGUGUGGCAAACUCGCUUGCCCGCCCUGGAGCCUACGUCAUCAAGUACUUCGGUUUUGAACUCGGAGCCCAGACCAACUCGAACCCUGCUGACGACCGAUGGAUCAUCAAUGGUGCUCAUGAGGCAUCGAAGCUCCAGGAGUACCUUGACGGCUUCAUCAAUAAGUUCGUCCUUUGCAAGAAAUGCAAGAACCCUGAGACUGAGGUCGUCAUCAAGGACGGGACUAUUAUCCUUGAUUGCAAGGCUUGUGGUGUUCGUUCUGAUGUCGAUCUGCGCCUCAAGCUCAGUGGUUUCAUUCUCAAGAACCAGCCAAAGACCGGCAAGAAGAACAAGGCCGACAAGAAGGCCGCUCGCAAGGCCAAGCAGAACGGUAACGCCAACGCCAACGGUGACGAGAAUGGGCAGAACAGUGGAAGCGAGAACAUUUCCGAGAACGGAUCCAACGAGAACGGAGACGGUGGUAUCGAUGCUGGUAGCGACGAUGAACUGACCCGCCGCAUCAAUGCCGAGGCUCAAGAGCUCGAUGAGCCAGUUGACGCCAGAGACGACGAGUGGACUGUUGAUAUGUCCGCUGAGGCUGUUCGUGCUCGUCAGCAGGGGCUCUCCGAUGAUCUCAAGCAAAAGCUUGUCCUUGGUGACGAUGAAGACGAGGAUGGAGAAGGUGGUGGCAACUCCGCCUACGACCAACUUGGAAACUGGAUCACCAACGAAGCUGAAGCCAAGGGAAGCGUCGACCAGGUUGAGGAUGUCGCCAUCUACGUGAAGGCCAAGGAGUUUGGCAUUGAGACCAAGCACCGCACUCUCCUAGUACUGGUCCAGACCAUCUUCGAUGACAACAUUGCCAGGCAGAUUCCUACCCGUGCCUCCAUGCUUAAAAGCAUGGUCACAUCUGAGAAGCAUGAGAAGGCUCUCAUGGGUGGUGUCGAGCGCUUCAUCGGUCUCCGUGGCCAAAAGGACCCCAGGUUCUACGAAGAGACCUCCAAGAUCCUCAUGGCUCUGUACAACGAAGACCUCUUCUCCGAGGAUUUCCUCACUAAGUGGGGCACCAAGGCCAGUAAAAAAUACAUCGAUCUCCCCACCAGCAAGAAGGUCCGCAAGUCCGCUGAAGCCUUCAUCAUCUGGCUCGCCGAGGCCGAGAGCGACGACGAUGACUCCGAGUAA